GCAAGAGGCGGGGCGGCGGGAGGUGCCAGGGCUGCGCGGCGGGGCGGGGGCCUGGGUCUCCCGGGAGGAGCUGGGGAACACCGGGCGCCUCUCGCGGAGGUGCACGGCAAGUUCUCGGCUAGAUCAUCCUCUGCCUGACACCCAGGAAGGGAGGCAGCGAGGCUCCUGCGGACCCCAGCCAGCCUCUCCAGCGCUACGCCGGUCUCCCAGCCAGAGGUGCUGCAUGAGGGGCCGCAGGGGCGAUCGCAUGGCCAUCAACAUCCAGGAGCACAUGGCCAUCAACGUGUGCCCCGGCCCCAUCAGGCCCAUCCGCCAGAUCUCCGACUACUUCCCUCGCAGGGGGCCGGGACCGGAGGGCGGCGGCGGUGGCGGCAGGGGCUGCGGGGAAGCCCCGGCUCAUCUGGCCCCUCUGGCUCUGGCCCCCCCUGCGGCUCUCCUUGGGGCCACCACACCCGACGAUGGGGCUGAGGUAGACAGCUACGACUCGGAUGAUACCACCGCCCUGGGCACGCUGGAAUUUGACCUUCUCUACGACCAGGCCGCCUGCAUGCUGCACUGUCGAAUCCUCAGGGCCAAGGGCCUCAAGCCCAUGGACUUCAAUGGCCUGGCUGACCCCUACGUAAAGCUGCACCUCCUGCCGGGAGCCUGCAAGGCCAAUAAGCUAAAAACUAAGACUCAGAGGAACACGCUGAACCCUGUGUGGAACGAGGAGCUGACGUACAGCGGAAUCACGGAUGACGACAUCACCCACAAGGUGCUCAGGAUCUCUGUCUGUGACGAGGACAAGCUGAGCCACAAUGAGUUUAUUGGGGAGAUCCGAGUGCCUCUCCGGAGACUCAAGCCUUCACAGAAGAAGCAUUUUAACAUCUGCCUCGAGCGCCAGGUCCCGCUUCCUUCGCCCUCUUCAAUGUCUGCGGCGCUGAGGGGCAUUUCCUGUUACCUGAAGGAGCUAGAGCAGGCAGAGCAGGGACCUGGGCUGCUGGAAGAGCGUGGGCGCAUCCUGCUGAGCCUCAGCUACAGCUCUCAGCGGCGUGGGCUGCUGGUGGGCAUUGUUCGCUGUGCUCACCUGGCUGCCAUGGAUGUUAAUGGCUACUCCGACCCUUAUGUGAAGACGUACUUGAGACCAGAUGCGGACAAGAAAUCCAAGCAUAAAACGUGUGUAAAGAAGAAGACGCUAAACCCAGAAUUUAAUGAGGAGUUCUUCUAUGAGAUGGAACUCUCCACUCUGGCCACCAAGACCCUGGAAGUCACAGUCUGGGACUACGACAUUGGCAAAUCCAAUGACUUCAUAGGUGGUGUGUCUCUGGGGCCAGGAGCCCGGGGAGAGGCGCAGAAGCACUGGAGCGACUGCCUACACCAGCCGGACACGGCCCUGGAGCGCUGGCACACCCUGACCAGCGAGCUGCCCCCGGCAGCAGGGGCUCUCCCUUCGGCCUGAGCAGACAGCAGCUGCCCAGCACAGGCCCUCCGGGCCGGGUCCAGUACCCAACCUUCGCACGAGUGUGUUGCACGUUUACAUGGGGCGGGGUGCCCCUGCCCCACACUACCUGUCUUAUUUUUGUGAGUCUCUGUGACCGUGGGUCUGUCUUCUUGUGAGGGGCUGUGGAGAGCUAUGUUCACAUAUGCAAACUUUCUCCUGCCUGACUUGCUGUUACCUGCAAAUAUGCAACCACCCCAUGCACAGGGCUACGUGGGAGUCUCCUGCCAGUGCCCCGACCACACCCUGCUGCUCCUCUCUUGGCCUCUCCAGGCUGCCUGGCCCCCUGCCCCACAGGGAGGAGGUCGGAUUAGGGGAGAUAAGAGGAGGACAUUUCCAAAAGAGGAAAGGACAAGAAAGAGCCAACCCUUUAUUACAGAGCCUUCACUCAGAAGUCCCAGCCCUGCUCAGCUGCUCUUCUAAAGGGGUGGCCGCCCCACGGUCUUUGCCUCCCUAAGAUGUGGCAGAGCCUCUUGGCCACUCAUUUCUAUAAUGUCCCCUGGAUGCCGCUGGGAUGUGAGGGCAGGCCCCCUGCCACCUCCCUCGGGGACAAUUGUGCAUGUUUACGCCUUUUCUGAUUGUGUCAGUGGCCGAAGCAUGGCAACUGAGCAUCAAUAAACAUCUCUUGAGGAA